AUGGAACGCGAAGACCAAACUCGGACGACGGCAGUUCGAGACCAACUGGGAUCAUCGACUGCAUUGGACGUCGCCCGCGUUAAGAAGCCAACCAGCCUUUUAGCCGCUGUAAUAAGAAAAAUCAACGAAAUUGAAGGUUUUAUGAAGUUUGAGGCCAAUCUUGGGGUUGUAGAAGAACUAUUCCGAGAGUUGGAGCAAAAGGUGUCAACUUUAAAGAUCGCAGUGGAGGAAGAAGAGUUAAGAUCCGGAACGCUGGAUAGUGAUCGAAUCGCGCUUUCCAAUUGGUGGGAAGAAAAGAGCGCGAAGAUUGAAAGGUCGAAGGAAAAUAUUCAAGGCUGGAUUAGAAGAACGCAAGAUUCAUGGGUGAAGCCAAGCGACAGUGUUUCAGUUGCUAGCUCUGGUCGCUCAAGAACUUCGGGGGUCUCAAACGCCUCCUCAGCAGCGAGAGUGGAACUUGCCCGGAAGAAAGCGGAAGCCGUAGCGGAGAAACAUUUGCAGACCCAACUCCGGAAGCUGAGAGCGGACAAGCGGAAAGCUCAAUAUGAGCGGGAGGACAGAGAACGUCGGGCACAGCGUGCCGCUGAUGAAGAGGAAGAAGGGUUCCGGCUUAUCGAAGAAGAAAUACGAUCUUCAGCUCAACUUGAGAAGAACUCAAAAUUUUCGGAAGAGUUGGAUGUUAUUGAAGGAGUCAAGAACACCUCCAAAGUCGUGAAGGGGAAGGGUCCCGAAUGCACCCUUACACCCUCCUAUCGAAGCCAGUUGGAUAUCCCUUCAAAGGUCAAUGAAGAUCAUAGCAGUAUGAGCCGUCAAAUUACUUUGCUGGCAGAAAUAGCCGAAAGAUCACACUUGCCGAGAUCUGAACCGCGAAUUUAUGAUGGCUCAGACCCCAUUUCUUACAAAUCGUUUAUUCAAUCGUUUGAUCAGCUAAUUGCUACUAGAACGAGCUCUAAUGCUGAAAAGCUACAUUACCUGGAGAAGUAUACAAAUGGAAACGCGAAGGAUCUCGUCAGAAGUUGCUUCAACCUCAAUCCGGAAGAAGGAUAUCGCGAGGCUCGCCGUUUGCUUCAUCAAAAAUUCGGAAAUGAGUUCUUGGUCUGCAAUGGAUAUUUGGAGCGACUCAGAAAUUGGCCAUCAAUCACAAUCGAAAACAGACAAGGGCUAGAGGAGCUCAGUAUUUUUCUCUUGUCUUGUCGGAAUUUCAUGAAGGAGGCUAACGGAUUGGUUCAAUUGAAUGGACCCACCCAGAUGCAAGAAAUUAUUAUGAAGCUGCCUUAUCAAAUUCGAGUUGCUUGGAGGAACCACGCUUUCGCCAGAUUAGAAGGAGGAAGCUCAGUUUCUUUCGAAGAUCUGACUUCGUUUGUAGCUCAACAAUCCAAGUUAAUAUCCCUGCCCAUUUUUGGCGAUUUGACGGACAAGUGUUCGCAUAAAGGAACCAAAUUGUGCACGGACCAUGCGAAAAUUACCGUUUCUUUCGCAACUGGUGCAUCUAAUACCGUUGGUCAAGACGACAGGGCUUGUUUGGCCUGUAAAAAGUCGAAUCAUGCCUUGGAGGGGUGCUUCUUUUUCGCUAAACGGCCUUUGGAAGACAAGUUGGGAUUUCUCCAAGAUCGAAGAUUAUGCUAUGGAUGUCUCAAACCGGGUCAUCAAUCAUGGCAAUGUAUUCAAAGAUUUACUUGUCAGAAGUGCAAUAGGAAGCAUCCAACCUGCCUUCAUAACGAUGAUCGACCCUAUGGAGAAACAGACAGGGAGAAUCAAGAAAACAAUCAAAGGAACGAGUUGAAUCUUGUGGAGUCAACCUCCUUGUGUUGCUUGGAAAAUACCCAAGACAACUUUAAGGCAGCUACUGGACAGACCAAAUCGGUUGCCCUCGCCAUUAUUCCGGUUAUAGUUCGUGUUCAGGGAAGCAAAAAGGAGGUCAUAACUUACGCAGGAUUGGAUAAUUUCUCUAUCGAUUGCUUUGUUACGAGUGCAAUUGUGGAUGAAUUGGGCAUUUCUGGCCCUAAAAGGACGAUAAGCUUGACCACGAUGGAAUGUAAGGGUAAAUCGGUGAACACCCAAGCAAUAAGUGGAUUAGAGAUCAUGGAUUUGAGCAGAAAUGAGACCAUGGGGUUGCCGGUUGUGUUUACAAAGGAUGAACUUCCCAUCUCAAAGGACGACGUCCUGACUCGGGAGGACUGCGAACAAUUUGAUUAUCUUGCUGACGUUCCUUUCGAAUUUGUGGAAGCCACGGUUGGGCUCAUGUUAGGGGCAAAUGCUCCACAAGCUUUAAAACCUUUGGAAGUUGUGGGUGGUGAUGAAGGAAGACCAUACGCCACUCGUCACAAAUUUGGAUGGGCUUUGAACGGCCCCAUUGUCAAGGAGACAUACCGUGGAUUUACCAAAGUGAAUCGGACUGAAGUCGAAGUCAAGAGCAUUGAGAGGGAUUUGAAGAAGAUGUACAAUCAAGAUUUCUUGGACAAUGGAGAGGAUGGAUUUGGACCCUCCGUAGAAGAUCAACGAUGGUCAAAGAAGGUGAAUGAUUGGAUCCGUAGAGGUGAAGAUGGUCAUUACUGUAUUGGACUACCCUUGAGAAGUGAGUUUGCGAUCGUGCCCGAUAACCGAUCUCAAGCUCUCUCUCGAAUAAGAGGAAUUACUAGAAGAUUGAAGAGUGAUCAUCAGUUUCGAGCGGAUUACACUGGCUUUAUGUCCAUGAUGAUUGAGAAGAAAUUUGCCGAGAGAGUCCCGCCACAGGAUUUGCACAAUCGCAGAAGAUGGUAUAUUGUGCAUCAUGGAGUGUAUCAUAAACAAAAGGGAACAAUUCGUGUGGUUUUUGAUUGUUCUUUGAAGUAUGGUGGUGUUUCCUUGAACGAUAUGCUCUUACCAGGUCCUGAUUUGAGCAACAAUCUUCUUGGUGUCUUGCUCCGGUUUCGUCAAGGAAAAGUGGCAAUCAUGGGUGAUAUCGAAAAAAUGUUUUACCAGGUCCGUGUGCCCAUUGAGGAUAAGGAUUUAUUGCGGUAUUUUUGGUACCCAGAUGGAGACUUUGAUCAAGAACCAAUUGAGUUUCGACUCAAAGUUCAUGUUUUCGGGGCCAUUUCAUCACCCAGUUGUGCUAAUUAUGCUCUUCGAAGGGCUGCCUGCGAUUCUGAAAGGAGUGUUGACUCCAAAGCCAUUGACGUGGUCAAGCGCGACUUUUACGUGGACGAUUUGCUCACAUCCGUUGACACUAGUGAGGGGGCACAAGAUUUGGUUCAUAUGGUGCGCAAAAUUUGUUCACACGGUCGGUUCAAUUUGACUCAAAUCAUUUCCAACGACCGAUCGGUUAUGGAGAAAUUACCCUUGGAGAGUCUCAACCGAGAAGUUCAGGAUUUGGAUUUAGAGCGAGAUACAAGUAAAGGUGCAUCCUAA